GUGUGCGUGUGCGCGCGCACUCUAUCUUGUUCAUGUUUUGUUACAGUCUGUGGUCCCUCUCAUUGAAAUGGUUGUAAGAUCACUUUAAGUGAAGCUUCUGUCACAGCUGUGCUGGUAUUUUCACCUCAGUCUACAAGUUCAGCAGAUUGAGUUUAUGAACAGCGCAAAGAUGACUGAUCCAGAACCCUGCAGAAUGGAACACGAAGACCUGGUGAAAGAGAAGAAGGAGAGUGAAGAUCUGAGUGAAACAGGGGUGACACAUCAUCAUGUACCUUUCACCUGCCACCAGUGUGGAAAGAGUUUCUCAUGCAAUCAAAGUCUGAAGUUUCACAUGAGAGUUCACAAUGGAGAGAAGCUACUCACAUGUGAUCAGUGUGGGAAUAGUUUUGUUCGAAGAGAAAACCUUAACAAACACAUGAAAAUCCACACUGGAGAGAAGCCGCACACAUGCGAUCAGUGCGGGAAGAGUUUCAUUCAAAAAGUAACUUUUAAAUUACAUCUACGGUCUCAUUCUGGAGAAAAGCCGUAUAACUGUGAUCAAUGCGGUAAAAGCUUUUCUUAUCCAGAUUCUCUGAAAAGCCACCUGAAAGUUCAUACACAGGAGAAGCCUUAUACGUGUUCUUUGUGCGAAAAGAGUUUUCCACGUAUGAGUGCUUUUAAAUUACACCAAAAAAGACACAGCGGUGUGAAAGAUUAUGUGUGCUUUGAAUGUGGAAAGACCUUUAUUGCAUCUGAUAAACUGAAACGGCACCAGAUAAUCCACAGUGCAGAAAAACCGUACAGCUGUUCACAAUGUGACAGGAGAUUCAACCGGCCAGAAAGUCUGAAAACACAUGAGAUGAACCACAAUGGAGACAAACCACACACAUGUGAUCAGUGCGGGAGGAGAUUUACACACAAACAAAGUCUUGAAGUUCACAUGAAAAUCCACACUGGAGAAAGGCCGCACACAUGUGAUCAAUGUGGGAAGAGUUUCGCACAAAAAUCCACACUUAAGGAGCACAUGAAAAUCCACACCGGAGAGAGGCCACACACAUGUGAUCAGUGUGGGAAGAGUUUUACACAAAAAUCCAGACUUAAGGAGCAUAUGAAAAUCCACACUGGAGAGAGGCCACACACAUGUGAUCAGUGUGGGAUGAGUUUCAUAAAGGCAGACACCUUCAAAUUACAUCUGCGUUAUCAUUCUGGAAAAAGACCAUUUACCUGUGAUCAGUGCGGUAAAGAUUUUUUUAGGACAGAUGCCCUGAAGAACCACCUGAAAGUUCAUACACGGGAGAAGACUCACGUGUGUUCUUUGUGUGGAAAGUGUUUUACUGAGUUAGCUGAUUUAAAAAUACACCAGAAAAGACACAGCGGUGUAAAGAAUUAUUUGUGCUUUGACUGUGGGAAGACCUUUUUUGAUAGUGCUGAACUGAGACGGCACCAGAGAAUUCACAGUGGAGAAAAACCGUACAAGUGUUCACACUGUGACAAGGGGUUCAGUCAGUCAGAACAUCUGAAAACACACGAGAGGGUCCACACUGGAGAGAAGCCAUUCCCAUGUGAUCAGUGUGGGAAGAGUUUCGCACGAAAAGGACAUCUUAAGGGACACAUUAAAGUCCACGCUGGAGAGAAGCCUUAUGCAUGUGAUCGGUGUGGAAACACUUUUGCUUGUUCUGCUCCUCCUACCACACAGCAAUUCACCUUUAGUGUAGCUCCUCCCACAGCGAUUUACCAGAAAAUGCUGGAAUAUUCCCACAAGUGA